UUAUUAUCAUUCUCUAGAAAAAGAAAAUACUAAAAUGAAAUGUCCAAUUCUGUAAAUAUCUCCAAAUCAAAUGGAACAAACAAGUUCUCUUCCAAUCCCCAACUGUGACCAGGUCACUCCUAUGAUACAUACUUAAUUAGUAACAACAAACCCAACACAGUACAACAUUAAUCAACCUCAUUUCACUUCUCAAUCUCAAACACAUUCCUAGAUUCAUUUGUUUUCAUCUCACAAACAACAAACACAUGUUCAUGUUUCUUAACCAUGAAACCACUUCUCUUCAUUCUCUCCCUCUUCCUCUUCUCCACAACCACCAUUACAACCUCAUCAUCUCCCUCUCUUCCUCUCCCACCAACCCCUUCUCCCACAUCAUCACCACCUUCAACCCCUUCAUCAAAAUCCACUCUUGACCCUAAACAAAUCACAGCCCUACAAUCCCUCAACAUCCCAACCUCAAAAGACCCAUGUUCUCAACCUUCCUUCCACAAUGCAACCCUCUGUGACUCCUCCAAACCCUUCCGCCACCUCAUCUCCCUAACCCUCUCCAACUGUUCCUCCUAUGUCUCUCUCUCUUUCACCGCCCUCAAAUCACUCUCUACUCUCACCUCUCUCAACCUCAUCAACUGUCCCAUUUCACCUAUCCACUUCCCUCCCCAACUAAUUUCAUCUCUCAGAACAUUCACCUGCAUCAACAGCCUCCGCAAAAUCUCCGGCGUUUGGCUCUCUCAGCUUCAGAAUCUCACCGAUCUCACUGUCUCCAAUGUCCAAGUCAAAGCUUCUGGUCCUUAUGUCAUUCUUGGCCACAUGAACUACCUCAAAACUUUGACAGUUUCUCAUGCGAAUCUCACUGGUUUUUUACCUGGUCACAUUCAUUCAAAUCUCACCCAUGUUGAUUUUUCAGGUAAUCAGCUUAAAGGAAAUAUACCCUCUUCAAUUACCAUGCUCGAUAGUCUUCAAAGUUUGAAUCUUUCCUCUAAUAAACUUGCCGGUGAAAUACCCUCUUCCAUUGGUGACUUGAUUUCUCUUAAAAAUCUCUCUUUGGCUUCAAAUUCAUUUUCUGGGGCUAUCCCAGAUUCAUUUUCUGCUCUUCCUGAUUUGGUUCAUUUGGAUCUGAGUUCAAACCAACUCAACGGGUCAAUCCCAAAAUUCAUUUCUGAAAUGAAGAGUAUCAAGUACUUGAAUCUAGCUAACAAUAACCUCCAUGGCGUUGUUCCUUUUAACCUCACUUUCAUUAAGGGGUUAGAAGUAUUCAAACUUGGUGGGAAUAGCAAUUUGUGUUACAAUCAUUCAGUUUUGUCUUCGAAACUGAAACUCGGAGUUUCUCCUUGUGAUAAAUAUGGAAAGCCGGUGUCUCCUCCACCUUCAAAGGAUUCUUCUGCAGAUGAUAGCAGUGAUGAUGAUUAUGAUGAUAGUGAUGAUGAUGGUAGCAAGCACAAGAAGGAUAAUCAUCAUGGGCCAAACAAGUUUGUUCUUGGUGUGGCUAUUGCACUUUCUUCCAUUGUUUUUCUUAUUGUGUUUUUAAUUGUUUGCUCCAAGUGUUGUCGUUGAAAAAAGUUUUGAUUUUGGGUUUUUAGAUUAGGAAAAUUGAUUACUUGUGUUAAGUUGAGAGGGCUUGUUUAAUAUAUUUCAUAUUUAUUUAUUAUUA